AUGGAUUCGGAAGCCGACUCAGAGGCUCAUUUCAGGAUGGACCACAUCUCCAACAGCGACUUUUUCUUUGACUCGUGUGAGAACGAUAACUUCAACGACUUUGUACAUAACACCAGUGACAGCAACGACACCGAAGGAGUGGCGCAUCUGCUGGGCACGAACACACACGCCGGAACGAUGAACAUGAACAUGAGCAACAUGAAUUUGAGCGGGAUGAACCUGGGCCUCAACAUGGACAUGGACAUGGGCAUGGGCCUCGGCGGUAUGAACGCCAUGAGCAUGGACCACAUGGAGGGCCAGAUGGGCCACGCUUCCCACAGCGAUAAGGUGAACAACACAGACUCUUUGACAAAAGGCCAGAUACCGGCGAAUGGCAUCAGCAACAAAGCGGGCUCCAUAAGCAGGCCUACGAGUGAGAACUCGGACGUGGGUGGAGCGGCCAGCAUCGACAUCAUCAACGAGGGUGACAGCACCAACAACACAUCGCCCCUAGAGAAGACGACAACGGCAACCUCCUCAUCUUCGGCAAAGCAGAAGUUGUCACCCAAGAGAGCCCUCGACAAGAGACGAGGCAGUCUUUCCACCGACGAGGCGGGGAACCAGCAGAAAAGGACCAGAGCCUCAGGCGAAAUCUUGGAGUACUUGAUGAACGAAUUUGCGAAAAACUCGAAUCCGACAACAGCAAUGAGAAAAGAGAUAUCCAACAAAACAGGCAUGCCCGAACGAUCGGUAAGAAUCUGGUUCCAGAACAGAAGAGCAAAGGCAAGGAAAAUGGAAAAAUUGAACCAAAAAGAUGGCAACCCGCCAUCUGCUACUGGUGAUGGGGAUUCCAAUAAUACAGAUAAUAUGAGUUUUUUGGACGAAAACCAUUACAAACCUUCCAGUCAACCACAGCCACUAUCGCAGCCUCUAAACAGAACUCAUUCCCAUAGCCCGAAUUCCGCUCAUCAUGAUAUGAAAGGCGCACUUUCUCAAAUGAACACUCUUCCAAUAGAAAUAAAUGGUAAAUACUACGUCAUUGAAUGCAAAAGCCUAUCUGUCGGUAAUUGGCAAAGAAUAAGGUCCGGCUACGUCAAGGAAGACUCUUUGAAGUCCCUGACUAAUCUUUCGCCAAGACUUUUGAGUGAAAUUAUGGCGACCACAGACUUAUUGGUCAUCCUGUCGAAGAAGGAUAAAGAACUGAACUAUUUUUUCUCAGGGGUUUUCCAGAAUGAGAAAGUCCUAUUCAGGAUAUUUUACCCUCUCGUUAACAUUUUAAAAUGUUCCAUCUUGAAUCAAACUCAGCAGAUGAACAACAAUGAAAAUUACAAUCCGGACUAUAACGAAACUUUGCUACAAAUAGAACUAGGGGCUACACCUCAGUUUGCGGUACAUUUUCUGCGUGACCCUGCAACAGGCAAGGAAAAUGUUAACCAAUGGUCGAUUUGUGAGGAUUUCAGUGAAGGCCAACAAGUUGCAACAGCUUUUAUCGGAGAAGGGGGAACAGGUUUGCCCCACAUCCUAUCUGACGAUUUGAACCGUCUCAAAUAUUUCAACACUCUGAUUUCUUCGAUAAACAAGACAUCGAUAUCGAAAGCUCCAGCCACAACUAAGACUUCAGGGUUCCCUGGUCCAGCUCCUGAGUCCCAAAUCAUGAAUCCAGGCCAUUUCUCUCCUUUGAAUCACUCGUCCACCAAUAACUCAACACCCUCAAGCAUCAACAUGAUGCCGAGCUAUGCUGGGUUCCCACAGAAUUCGUACAGUGUGGGCCUAAAUGACGAUGGUGAAAUUUUGGGAUCUGACUUGAUUUAUUCACUGGGAAAUGGUUCUAAUCUGUCUGCGGGCUCUUUACAUCCUUCACAACAAUACCAACCUCAGUCGCAAUUGCAGAUGCAGCAAAUACAAAAACAAUACCAACAACAUGUCCAGCAGCAGCAACAGCAGCCAAAACAGCAUCAUCAGCAUCAGCAACAGUUUCAGCAGCAUCAACAGCCGCAACAGCAUCAGCAUCAGCAGCAGCCCCAGCUCCACCAGCAGCAGCACAUUCAACAACAACAUCAGCAACAACACACUCCCCAACAGUCUCAUCUACAACAGCAGCCAUUGCCUAACCAUCAGCAGCCUCAACCUCAACCUCAACCUCAAUCACAACCUCAUAUUCAGCACCAUCAACACAUGCAGGAGAAUAACCAGCUUCAGAAUUCUCCUCAUGAACUAGGAAACCAGCGGACUAUGUUCAUGUCCCAGAUGCAGCAAAAGAAGUUACAACAAUCGGGUGGUCGCCCUCCAUACAACGGUUCAAAUUCGGUGUUAUCUUCUACUAUUGGCAUGGAAGGUAUAUUCAAUUCUGCAGGUGUGGAUAGUGAUACCGGAGAAGGAAAAAUGGAAUCGUCGGAUUUGGACAUUUUCCGUCAAGAUCAUAUUAACGACAGCGAAGAGGUUAUAAUAAAGGCAGAUGACGAGAAUAUGACCACAAGUGAUCCGAUAUUACUUGCCGCUGGAGGCAGAGACGAGCUACUAGACACUUCUGGAGCAGAUAAUGAUUACGCCAAGCAAGAGAAUGACAAUUUCUUUCUUGACGAUGGGAUCAAUGGAUUAGGAUUCUGA